GUUCCCUCCUGCCCGAAUUCUUCCACCUCUUCGCCUCCUUCCCCUUCUCCACACACUUCCCCUCCCUUCGCCACGGCCGCCCGCUCCCCCUCUCGGCUGCCGCCCCCCUCCUCAAACGGACCCCCCUCACCCUCCCGGAUCCCUUCGAACUCGACCACAACGUCGCCUCCAACGUCAGCCCCAGAGCAGCCCUGCGUUGGAGCCAGAGCUGCCGCGCGGCCGCCAAAUAUUGCCGCAGCCUUCAGUACAGCCACAAAUCCACCAAGGGCCGCUCCUGGGGUUUGCUGCGUCUCUUCCAACCCGGCGCCGUGGAACCGGGAGCCGGCGGCGCCUCCGCUUUCCUCAUCCCCAUCCCGUUGGGUGGCGGAGGCGGGUUGAAGGAAAUCCGCGCCGCCGUCCUCUUUGUGCUCAGGGACGUCCUGCGCUGUGCUGUGGGGCCGAGGGAGGGGGGCAGGGGGCAGAGUGGGGCGGACCAGGGGCUCUCGGAGGGCUCUGAACGCUUGGAGGAGCCCAAAUCGCAAGACCCCAAAGUCGUGGGAGCUCCUGGGACAGACCCCAAAGUCCUGGAGGACCCCAAAGUCUUGGAGGACCCCAAAGGUUUGGGAGCGCCUGGAACAAACCCCAAAGUCCUGGAGGACCCCAAAGUCGUGGGAGCUCCUGGAAUGGACCCCAAACCCAUGGAAGUUUCAGGCACGGAUCCCAACAUAGCGGAGCUGCCCCCACCCGUGGGUUCCAAACGUCCCCAACCCAAAGGGAUGAACAGCGCCGCAGCCCUGGCCACCAAACGGCAGCGGGUGAAUGAGGAUGAGGAGGAGGAGGAGGAGGAGGAGGAGGAAGCAGCGCGGUGGAGCUGCGCCGUGUGGCACCGCGUGUGGACCGGGCGCCGUCGCCUCCGCCGUCAGCUGCAGCACCGGGAUGGCACCAAUAGGGGCCAUGGGGACACGAGGGGUCCCCAAUGUGAGGCUGGGGGCACCAGUGGGCUCCAUGGGGUGGUUGGCACCAGUCGGCUCCAUGGGGAGUCCAGUAGGGGCCAUGGGGACACCAGUGGGUCCCGAGGUGGGAAUGGGGGCACCAACGGGGUCCAUGGGGACACCAGUGGGCUCCAGUUUGGGGUUGGUGGCACCAGUGAGCUCCAUGGGGGCACCGGUGGCAUCCAAUGUGGGGAUGGGGACAGCAGUGGGUUCCAUGGGGCUGAGGACAGGCAUGAGCUCCGAAGUGGGGACACCGAUGGGUCCUGUGGGGACGAGGACCCCAACGAGCUCCAGGACCCCAACGAGCUCCAGGACCCCAGCGGUUCCCCCGAGGACCUGGACUUGGAGCAGAAGGUGACAGCCGCCAUCUUGGAGCAAAAUGGCGCCUCUCGACCCCCGGAGCCGCUGCUCCGUUUUGACGCCGACGUCCGGCUGACAGCGGGGGGACAGCGGGCGCUGCUCCGCCUGACCCCCAUCCCAGGGCCUGGGCCACUUUUUAGGGAUUUUUUCCAUUUUUUAAGGGUUUUUCUGCCCCCGAUGGCGCGGAGGAGGAUGGGGGUGGAGGAGUGGGGCAAUAAAUGAGUGAUGUUUGGA